AGGCGACAUUUCAAAGGGUUUUCUUCUUGGUUUAUGUCUAACUGGUUGGUCAAGCUUUGGAUCACUUAAGCCGGUUGUAGUCCAGUUCAUAUGUGGGCUGUCCAGUGGAUAUGAGAAUACCGACGGCACAAAGAAUAUAUCGGAAUAGUAAUCAAUGCUUCUACUAUGACUAUUCGAAAUUCGCUUCUGCCAAGGCUGAAUUUUUUAAACGAAAACAAGAUCGACAGGGCUUUUUACAUGUUGACAGUUACAGAAAAGAAGUUUUUCCGACUUUUAGAUUUGUGGAAUUAUACACUGGCAGACUAAGCACUUCUGUUGCUAUUUUCGUUCCACCAAAUCGCUACACUACACAACCGUUUUCCCAGAUAUCAGAGCCAAAUGAAUGUUCCACAUAUAAACGUUAUGUGCUGUUAUUGGGUUUGGCAGCUGGAUUAGUUAGUCUUGGGUCGCUCUGGUUAUACAACUUAUUUGAGUGGUGUUCAGGUUUACAAACUUUUGAAUAUCUGAAAAAGACACACCAGGUGUUCAGUCCAGAUGAAUCAGAAAACAAAAGACAAUUUUCAACUGGGCAUGACGACGACUUUGAUUUCAAACAAAGGAGUUCCAAUUAUUCCAAAAAGGUGGAAAGUAUAGUAGAUACACAAGUAGAUAUCGACCAGUAUUUCGAUUUGCACUAUAUCCAUUACGAUCGUAAACUUCCUUCGAAGUCUGAAGAAAUAUUUCCUGGAAAAUGUGUCACAAGCACUGACAUCGUUAUCACGAAUAACGCCGAUCAUGGGGUCCGGUCACAUUUAUUAUGGACUAGUGGAUCCAUGAAUUGUCCUCAUUAUGGUUCAGGCUCAUAUAAGAUCUGUACUAUUUGUUGGCUAAAUAUGCCUGACUGCUGGCUUCAUGGCCCAACAUGGAGUUCUCUGAAUUAUCAAUUUAGUUCAAAUCAAUUAUGGAGAAACACUAACCUUUUAGGACUUCUCGUAUGCUUGCAGUUAAUAUACAGAGCAAUUUAUUUAGCUUGUAGUAGUGUAACGAAACAAUCUAACUCUACACAGACUAGCCCUAUAUCUACACCGAAUUUAAUAAACAGUGAGUAUUCGGAUUGUUUACAUCAGUUGUCGAAUACUCCUUUUAAAUUUGAUAGUGAGUCUAUUACAGCUCAUACACCUUUAGUAACAUCCACUGUCAACAUGACCCCGAUUUCUAACUGUCCACUCUUAGAGCAUAGUAAGAUAGAGUUCAAUCCUUCAAAAUCAGAUCAAUCCAAUUACUUGCUUCAAUCAAAAUUAAUGAGCUCAUUCGACAUAAAUUUCAAGAAAACCAGUUUAUGUGAUAAUCAACAAAAUAACAAUAUUAAAUCUCUUUCCACAUCUAUUGAUAACGUAUUAUUUCCAAGUAUGAAAAAUGAGAGCACUGAUCAGACGUCUAUGAAUAUUAAAUCAUCUGAUAAAGAUUUUAUAGUAGGUCCUAUUACCACUAUAUCUACAGAUCAGUUAUUGUCAAAAGUUAUCGAAAUCCUUAAUCCUAAACAAGUUGAUUGGUUAAACAACUCACCAGUUAAAAAAUCAUCAUCACGAUCUUUGAUUCAUCGUGUACAUAGUGAUGCUGUGUUAGAUAGAAAAAUAAGUAAAUCUUGUAAAUAUUUGGAGAAGGAAAAUGAUUGUACUACUCGGACUACUACCAAUCCACCUAUAUAUCGUCGUUCACGUUUUCAUUCCAGUUCAAAUUCAUCUACUUUGUCAUGUUUAAAUAUUGAUGAUAAUGAAGGUUUUGAGUACGAUGAUAUUAUUUCUAUCUAUGCAACUAAAGAUGAAGUAAUGAGAAACGUUAACAAAAAUCAAAUGACUAUAAAACAUAUUCAUGGGGAUAACAAUGAUGAAGAUGACGGUGAUGAUGUUCUCAUUGAUGAGAACAAUGAAGAUAUAGACGACAAUAUUCUUCGACAACUCGACACAUUAUCUUCUCUUCUUAACAAUAAGUCUGAUAAUUUCUUCCAAGGUCAAUUAAGUGAAAUUUCAUCAGAUUUAAACAAAAGUACAUACAUUGCAAAUGCACCUGAUGACGUAUUAAUAUUAUUCUCAUCACCGUCAUCGUCACCGGGAAUCAAUAAAAAUCCUAAUAAUUUAUUACCUAGUAGUAAUUCCGAUGCAAUAAAAUUCACUGAUCUUACACAAAAAACUGUUGUACUCACAGAUGAGUUAAACAAACUAGGUGUUACACUUGAUCGUUUAUUGUAUAAACUACAAGCUAAUCAAAUUCAGUUGGAUCAAGCUGAAGAUAAUUUAGAUUAUAUGUGGUAUUUAAGAGAUAAUUUAGAUAAUAAUUUUUCGUCAAACACAUCUGAUUGUUGUUCUGAGUUUGGUUUAAGUGAUGUCGAAGCAGAAGCUUUACUAAAUGAUGAUGGUGAUGUUGAUUUAGAUGAAAAUGGCAGUGAUGAUAAUGAAUAUAAAGGGACGGAUGAUGAUUAUUGGUCAUCACAUGGUAGAAUGACACAAUCAUCUACUCAUCCAAAUGAUUACUGUCCUAUCCGUGGUGUUCCGGGUUAUUUGUUCAGUUCACAUGGAACACUUGAUAGUUCUCAUUAUUCUAAUUUAAAAAUCCCAAGUGAUAUUCGUAAUCAUUCAUCAAAUUUGGAUUCAGGGUUAGAACAAUCAGUUAUGACAUGUUCUGAAUCAUAUGCGCAAAUGUUCUCACCAAUGCCAGAAAAACAUUUAGAAAAUUCUCUUGAUCAUCACUUUUUGUAUAAUAGAUAUUUAUCAAAUUCUCAAGUCUUUAAAAAUUACUCACAUUCACUUUCAAAGUAUUCACGUUUUAAAAAACGAUGUAGUUAUAAUCAAAGGAAACGAAUGUGUAAUAGUGAGAGUAAUCGUUUUUCUACAAAUGUUCUUCCUGAUUCUGAUGGUUUUCUACAUCCAGAUUGUCAACUUGUAAUGUAUGUUAUAUUCGUACCACUGAGAUUCUACUCAAGACAUUGUUUUGUUAAUAAUGAUAUAAUUUGGUCAUUGUACGGUGAUUUGAGCGAAAUAAUUUAUACGACACAUGACCCUGGACUCACAUCUACUAAGCAGUUAUAUAUACUUAAUGUUCGUCAGUGUUUUGGAAAAUAGUCAAUAAUAAUUUAAUCUAUAGACUAACCCGGAUCUAACGUAUCAUUUUAAUAAUCAAAUUAAGCUUUCAUGUAAGUGGAUAAAUUUAACUAUUUUUAACUAAAUUCUUCGUAAACAUGUUCUUAUAAAUACAAAAUAUGAAAAUUUGAAAUUUCAUAACGUUGUUCAUUAUAUAUUCCAUAGUGUUUGUAGCUAUUUAUAUUAGCUCUUAAAGUUUGAUUGACACUAAAAUUGAUAAUGUGAAUGAAUCGCUCAUAAAAUCUUCUCACAUUAAAAAAACGAACAUGAACUUUUCAUCAGCAACUUGAAUUAAAGUCAACUUUCCGUAAAUCGACUAUGAAAACAUGAUCUAGUGGAUCAUUGAAACAGAGGAUACUGAUACAAAAUAAUAGCUAUCUCAGAUGUAUAAUGGUAAAUACAUUAUACCAUACAAUAAAUAAAGUUAGAUGUCAGCAACUGUAUAAAUACCAGUGUAAUCACUGCGGUAGUCAGUAUGGUGAACAAUUGUAAAUAGCAAGUGACUGGUUACUACAUCAUUUAUACACUGAUUCUUCAUAUACGUUAUCGAGGAUCAUUUUGAAUGAACAUUACAUUUCGAAAAUUUACUUCGAAUAUACAAGAGCUUAUUAUUAAUUUAGUCUUUAAGUAUUACACUUUUCCAACAAAACAAUAUUUAAAAAAGCUUUCUUAAAUCAAUUAAAAAAAAAGAUGAAUGGUUAUAAGAUUUAAUGAACUAAUUUGCUUAUCUUUGGAUAUAUGUAUAACCGUUAAAUUAAUUCAUUUUGUUUAAAUUUCAGAAAUAUUAAAGAAACAUUUGUAUUUCAAGUUAUGAUAGGUAUGACAUUCGACACUAAAUGUAUUAAAUAUUCAUUUAAUUUACUAAACAGUAUUUUUCCCUGAUUUACCAUAUUUACCAUGAUUUACUAUUUUACAUUCAUUCCUUGAAGACAGAAAUCGAUAAAAUUAUGACAAGAAGAUAAUUUUUAUCAUCCUAUGCAUACAAACCCAACAAUAAAGAACGUGAACGGACAUAAGCAUAUACUACUAAUUCUGUUUUGUGGUAAAUGCUACGAGGAAAUAUUGAUUGGGGAAAAGAUUGAUCAGAUAGAAGGAAAUUCUUUAAGAAAGCAUUUAACCUUAAAUAUAUUAAAAUAUAGUUAAAAUAAUAAAACACGUAUUUUUUUUACCUUUAAAUAAAAAUAAAUGUUGUGCAACAAAAGACCUUGAGUUUUCCUGAAAUAUGAUCAAACCAACGUAAUAAUUGCCUAUAACUUGUUUCCAUUUGAUAAUUUUCGCUAACAAUGCAUACAAGAAUUGAAAUAAUCGUUUAGUUAAUGGUGUCUCUCUAAAUUUCCGACACUCCAUCUAUCCUUGUAUAGUGGAAG